UAGCAUGGAGAAUAUGUCUCGUAGUCAUAAUGUGGAAUUACAAGCAGUUCCGGAAAGUCGCUCAGAAAAUAUAAUGACAAUUUUUAAAAAAUUUUGUAAUACCAUUGGAAUGACGAUCGAUGAUACUCAAAUAACCGCUUGUCGUAGAGUUGCUAAGAUGAACGAGAAGUCUAAACGUCCCAGGAAUAUAUUAGAGACCCUAUCUUCCCCUCGGCUGCGUGAUACAAUUUUAUCUCUGACACGACGUUUCAACAAAUCUGCAAAGGAUCCCAGUAAUAUGCUAAAUAGUUCACAUCUUGGUCUCGCUGCAUCAUCAGCAACAAGAAUUUACGUCACUGAACAUAUUUCACCGCAGUGCAAGUUUCUUUAUGCAGAGACCAGAAAAGUGGCAAAAGAAAAGAAGUAUGAUUUUGUUUGAGUAAAAUUCGGUCGUAUUUUUGUUAGAAAGAAUGAGGAAUCAAGUUCAAUUCAAAUUAAAACAAUAAACUGUCUAAAUAAACUCAAGCAAUGACACUUGUUUACCUCAUUAUUUAAAUA